AGUAUGCCAGUGAAUUCAAAAUCAUCAUCAGUGUGUGGUGCAACAGUGUUUCGUUUCCGCUUUCGCGGUGAGCGGACGACGUUGUGGAACAUUUUUCCGUACUGAAUAAAUAAAAAAAAUUAAUAUUCGAAAAAAUAAUCGUGCGCCGAAGCUCAAACACUUCAGUUUCCAGUGAAUGCAAACAAAAAUUUUUUUUUUUGCGAAAAUAAACUUUGAAACAAGGGAGAAAUAAAAAUGACGGCAAACAUGGCUGUCAUGCUCGCCUUCCUCGCGACCACGUCGCUCGAUUCGGCGCUCUGCUCGUCUCCCUGGUCCUCAUCCUCGUCCUCUUCCCCAUCGCUGUCUUCAUCAACCAGCACCAACACCAACAACCUGCUUUCAAGCAGCAGCAGCAGCAGCAGCAGUAGCUCUUCCAAGACAACUGAGCAGCUUUUGCAGUUGUUUGCCCAGCAAAAGCCCGCAGCAGAUCCGUGCUACGACGAGAGCGGCGAGAAGCCCAGGCGGUGCAUCCCGGACUUCGUGAACGCGGCUUUCGGGAAGCACGUGGAGUCGUCCAGCACCUGCGGGGCGCCUGCUGUGCGGGCUUGCGACCCGGACACGGGGCUCUGUGACACCUGCGAUGCCCGGGAUCCCAAGCUCUUUCACCCCACUGCCUUCCUGACUGACUUGAACAACCCCAGCAACGUGACUUGCUGGAAAAGCGCCCCACAGAUUCGACAUGCUGAGCACAACGUCACCCUGACCCUCAGCCUUGGCAAGAAGUACGAACUAACCUACAUCACGGUGCAGUUUUGCGGCGGUCGCAAACCCGACUCCAUGUCCAUAUUCAAAUCGAUGGACUAUGGCAAAACGUGGCAGCCAUUCCAGUUUUAUUCAUCCCACUGUCGUAAAGUGUACGCCAGGCCCAACAGAGCCCCGAUUGGCAGAGCGAACGAGCAAGAAGCUCUGUGCACGGACGCCCAUCUCGCCAACAAUGGCGCCGGGAUGACGGCUCACGGCGGCGCCCAUCACCACCACAACCAUCAUCAUCGUCAGCAGGCGGCGCAAGGAGGCGCCUAUUCCACGGCGUCCUCACGCAUUGCGUUCACCACCUUGGAUGGUCGGCCGUCUGCUCUCGACUUCGACAACUCGCCGGUUCUUCAGGAUUGGGUGACAGCGACAGACAUCAAGUUGGUGUUCAACCGACUGGCGUCCAUCGACGUACUCCCAAAGCUUCUCAACGAAGACCGCCUCUUGAUGCAGGGCCUCCAGCACACAAACACCAUGUUUGCCGGAUCUUCUUCCUCUUCUCCAGGAGCCGAAGACAACUCCCUCAACAUCGACGACGAAGGCGACAGUGACACCGACAGUGUCGACAAUGCUUCAGCCGGCAACGUCACUUCAUCAUCGCCAUUGUCCCUGCGUCGCAACAACAACAACAACAACAACAACAAGGACGCUGUCGUUGAAGAGCCACUGUCGCUGGCGACUCGACAGCAAAUGGUGGAAAUGGCGUCGGAACUGGACUUUUACUCAGUGUCGGAUAUUUCCGUGGGUGGGCGAUGCAAGUGCAACGGACACGCGUCGCGUUGUGCCCCGGAUGAAACUGGGCAAUUGGCGUGCGAAUGCAAGCACAACACUGCGGGCAGGGAUUGCGAAAAGUGCAAACCGUUCCACUUUGACAGGCCGUGGAGUCGGGCAACUGCCAGACAAGCCAACGAAUGCGUCGAAAUUGUCCCACUUCCGUUUUAG